CGCCUCGGAAUCUUGAGAAGACAUGCUACCUUGCUACUGGUCUCUUUCGAUUUAGAGCAAGAGAUUCUUAGCUUUUCUCUUCUCUUGUCUGAUUUUUCUAGAAACCAUUCAAAGCAUCCAUUUGAUGCAUUGCAAGGCGGUUCCCACUGUGACUCUAAACAAAAGACGAACAACAGACCAAUUGAAAUGAUUAUUAAAAUAGUAAAAUCAGUAUACCAGGUUUCACGUAGAGCGUUGAGAGGCCCCGCUGUAUUGGUUUGUUAUUGCUUGAAUAUCGCAAAACUUUGAUGAGUUCAAAUAUCUUUGUUAAAAAUGGAGAAGUGUGCUAUUGCGGCGUUCACUCUAUUUUUACUUGCUUGUGAAGCUAACAGUGAGCGUCCAAGCAUAACUACAAGCACCAACCUCAUCCAGGCAACAUGGCGUAACCAUCUCUCCCCCAAAGAGGCGAAGCUUCAGCUUCGUGUCAAGCCAACCGACGGUUCUAAGCCGGAGAAAGCGUGUAAUACAAAUGACGUGACGUCAUCACUUGUGUGCAAGGUGGAGGGACUGGAAAAGGCGUCUCUUCAUACGUUGCACCUCGCUUAUAUGGACAACAGUGGAAGCGGGGAAAUUACCGAGAUAUUGUACGCCAUGACCGACGGGGAAGCGGUGUGUAAGGACAUGCAUUUUGAGUUUUUUUCCAUCAUUGCGCUCGCGUUGGCUGUCGGGAUACUGGGGCUGGCGUUGUUUCUUCUGGUAUUAUGUCUCAUAUGCCGCAAGGGGAAAAGAGGAUUUACAUCAAUAACAGCCAGGACAAGAAGGCAAUUGUCUGCAUCUGGUGAAGUCGCUACUGGUACCUGGUAUUAUGAAGAACCAACCUCUUCUAGUCGUGCAACACCCGUCAAACCAGCGCCAUAUAAGGGCAAAGGGCCAUGGGAGCCACCGUCAUAUAAGGGCAAAAUCGCCUCAGUGAAUGAAGGGAUAGAAAUUGGUGAGCUUCCUGUCACAAGAGCAGUCUACAAUCGAGGCAGUGAGACUAGUGACGAGAUAGCUAAUGCCGAGAUGUAUCAAAGCGCCAUGUACGACGCAGACACCAACGUAAGUCAAGCCGGCUUCUACGAGAUUUGA